AUGUUUAAGAAAGAGCUGGAAGUCAAACCUAGUGCCAAUCUGAAGUCAUCAGAAAAGAGAAAACUGCAAAAAGCCAUUGAAACGCAGUAUGAAGGCAUCAGGGUACCGGAUAAAUUAUCCAAAGCUGUAUUUAAUUCAAUUGGUAUAAAAAAGGGCACCUUAUAUUUAGAUUCAGCUACUGGCGAUCCUUCUUUUUUCCAGUCAAGAGAUGGAGAUAUCGUUCCAACACUACAUACACUAUGGGCUUCAGUAGCGGGCGUCGACAAACCGUUAUGCAUGCCUUACAUUCUAACCCAUGAGGGCGUCAUAGACAGACUCAUUGAUGGUGCCAAUUUAAUGAUCAGAGGUUGUCACGGACCGUAUGUCAAAGGACUAAAAAGGAAUGCGCUUGUUGCUGUCGUUGACUAUAAACGUCCCAAUAUCGCAGUAGCAAUUGGUAGAUGUUUGAUGGAUCUCGAGGGAAAGGUAGAUGGUGACCUUGGUAUUCCACAAUCGGGUGUUGCUGUUGAGAUUUGGACUGUAAUUGGGGACAUGUUGACCAAUUUGGGAAGGAAUAUGGAAGACGUCAUGAAAGAUGCAGGAAAAGAUAAUGUAAUAAGAAAUGAGCAAGAGGACGACAAAGAAUCGCAACAUGAGGAACAAUCAAAAGACCAACCUGAUUUAGAACUUUUAGAAGUCACCAAACCAGGCACCCUUGUUGAUGUUUCUCAUAAUUUGUGUGAUGAGACUGAGAUUGAAACUACUGAGAGUCGACCAGAAAAGUACACCAUGACUACAGAAGAUAUUGACGAAAUGUUUAGGAGAUCGGUACUUUAUACAUUGAGUCAAGAUGCAUUGGAGUUCCCAAUUCCUUCUACCCAAUUUAUGUCUGGGCAUGUGUUGAAAAACUUGCCUAAUGUUGACACCGAUAUCGUGAACAUGAAGAAGACCUCGUGGAAGAAAACAACCAAGUUCUUAAAAGCUAUGGAAAAAGAAGAUCUUGUAAAACUAAAAGGUAAGGAGGACAAGCUAACUAUCGUUUCUGCUGCUGGCCGUUCUGACCCUCGUAUCUCUGCAUUCGUGCCUUAUAGAAUAAAAAAACCUGCACAUCACGAACCUAACACAACAUACUCGCACAAUGAUGAACAGAUGGCUCCAGUGGUCGUCAAGAGGUACUACAAACCAAACAAUGCCUCAAGAAUGUUUUUUAAUAAACUCGAUGAGAAAUAUGAUUCACUUUACACAGAACAGGAUAUCAAGCUGCUAACUCAACGUUAUGUGAAGGAGAAUCCAGGAGUCAUUUCCAAAGCCAACGCACAGCUGAUUGAACCGGAUGAUGUAUUGAAAGAAUUUAAAAUAAAAACCACUAUCAAGAGGGCGGAGCUAUUUGCAAGAGUAAUGGCUGCUUUUAGUCCAUAUUAUGCAAUAUACAGGGAAGGUGACGAGAAAAGUAGUGAUAAGCUGAUUCUCAAAAGGUUAACGCCAAGGAAGGGAGAGUUACCGAUAGUAAAAGUUGCCGUCAAUACCUUGAAAACAAGAAAAAAAGUUGUUACAUCUAUAGUUGGUAGUGAACAAUAUUAUAUUGAUGUUGAGAAAUUGGCUGGGGUUUUAAGGGUAAAGUGCAGCGGCUCUACCACUAUUCUUGAUUCCAAAGAACCAAAAGAUGGAAAGGUUGUAACUGUGCAGGGUGAACAUGACUCUGCUGUCUGUGAGAUCCUGCACAAACAAUUUGGUGUACCUGCUAAGGUGAUCACGGUCACAAAUAACACUGCCAAUAAGAAAAAACGCAGGUAG